GGUACGAUGACACAUGUGACGCGGCCAUAUCGCAACCUUUUGCGACUGCAGCUUUCCGUUUUGGUCACACACUCGUACGACGCAUGUUCCCCAGGAUGAAUUACAAUUACAAGAAUAUGAGCGAACCAGUUGAUCUCGUUCAACAUUUCGGACAUGUGGGCCCAAUUUACGACAAAGAAUCAGGCGGCAUGGAUUCCGUGCUCAUGGGAUUGUUAGGAACGCCAUCAAUGGCUUUCGAUCGUCAUAUCACAACUGCUUUGAGAAAUCACUUAUUUAUGCGAAGAGGAGAAGAAAAAAGUGGAAUGGAUCUUAUCGUUCUUAACAUUCUCCGUGCACGUGAUCAUGGUGUGCAACCAUACAACGACUUCAGGGAAUAUUGUGGACUCAAGAGAGCGAAGAGAUUUGACGAUUUGAAACACGAAAUGGAUGCUGAAGCCGUCGAAGCUAUACAAUCUGUUUAUGAGCAUGUUGAUGACAUUGAUCUCUUCCCUGGUCUUGUCAGUGAGCGCCCUCUCAAAGGCGCUCUGCUGGGACCAACAAUGUCAUGCAUUCUCGCCGAACAAUUUGGACGUUUGAAAAAAUGCGACCGAUUCUUCUACGAGAACGAUGGCGUUGGCAAAUUUAGUCCAGUUCAACUUGACGAGAUCCGAAAAGUCAAGUUAUCUUCGAUAUUUUGCGCAAAUAGCAGAUACUUGAGAACUAUACAGCCUAAUGUCUUUGACGUGCCUGAUGACCUCACAAACGCUCAAUUGCCAUGCUCCGAUAUUCCACAACUAGACCUUACACAAUGGCGAGAUCGAAAACAUUGUGAAAUGAAUGGGAAGAAUAUUCCAUUAGGAGAAUCAACACAUGUUACUCCCUGCAUUACAUGUACAUGCACACAUGAUGGAAUUGCGUGUAACCCUACAAAAGUGGAUAGCUGCGAGAAGCUUUCACACAAAUACUUGCUCAGUGAUAUCUCAAAGGAUACAUCAUGUAUGAUCCAAUGCUCGGACCUCAUGAAACGAAAGUGA